CCCUACAGCUAAUUUAGUUAGAUACAUAAAUUGCAGGACAAAUAUUUUCCAAGCAAGUAGAGCAGAACGACUACGACACAUAUGUAGAAGUAUACAUCUCACAAAAAAUGGUGAGAAUUGGCCCCGAGUUUUGCAAACUUUUGAUUUUAAUAGGGUUAUUCAAUCUCCUCCAAAUUUGCACUGGGAGCAAAAAUGUUUCGGAAAUGGCAUCCACAAGUAGAUUUUCUCUGAUAAAAACUAAUUCAAACUUGACAAUGACAACUACAAGUCAACCACCAUUUCCACUACCGAUUCGGUUAAAUGGAACCUCGAAUAAUGGGACCCGGAGAAAGUUCGAUCCACCUGAAUCAACCCCAAUCCCCACAGUGAAUGAGGAAUGGGGGGGAAACUGUACCGACAAAGACUGGACAAAGUGCUCCCACCUAAAAACCUACUUCUCCUACUUUGUGGACAAGAACGACCCAGACAAGAAGGUGCAACAUCACGAAAUCGACUGCAAAAUUCAGCCCAUCAUCUGCCUCAAGAAUGGCUGGGUAGUGACAAGGUGUCAAAUUUUGUGUAUGGGCCGGUGCAACAAAGACCUCUUGUCAAAGUAUGACGACUAUGUAGAAAAAGAGGGACAGUGUUAAUUCCGUUCUACUUAAAAUAGAUUUUUUGAAAUUUUUACAUUCUAAAAAUUUUCAAAUUUAAAAUUUGACAUGAUUUCAUAAUAAUUUUUUCCAUAAGAAUUCUCCCAAAUUCUCACCUUGCCUCGUUCAAAUUCAUCUUUUUUUUACUUCAAUCCACCUCCAAUUUAAUAAUGCCUUUAUCAUUUAACGAAAUAAAAGAUGCUUUGCUUUCUCUUCAGCCUA